GAAAAGGCGGACCGAGUUGCGGGUUCGUUACCUUUCCGUUCAUAUCCGGGUGGCGCUGGGGAUGGCAGCGGCCGGUAAGUUAGGAUUCCGGGAGGCGGCGGAGAUGGAGGAGCUUCGGCGGAAGAACUCGGAGCUGGAGAGGGAGGCGGCGGAGGCGCGGGAGAGGGAGGAGGAGACACUGCGGGAGCUGGAGCGGACUCGGGAGAGGCUGAGAGCGGUGGAGGAGGCGGAGGAGCGUCUGAGCGUCGAGCUCGGGGAGCUGGAGGCGGAGGCGGUGGCGCAGGCCCGGGCUUACCACCUCCGCAUCAAGGCCCUCUCCGACCAGCUGGGGAUCGCCCACGACAUCCUCACCUCCGCCGGCUGCCACCACAAUCUCGUCACCCUCAACAAAUCAAAUUAGAUACUAAAUCAGCUGCUACUUUAAGCUUGAGCUUGAAGCCAAGUCGGGUUGCAUUCUUGCUCUCUGUACUCUUCUUUUUGUUGUUGUUUUAAUUCUAUUGGAUCACUUACAUGCAGCAGGAGCUGUUGGUGACGGUGUGUGUGGACAGACUUGCUGCGUAUUUAAUUUAGUUUUUUUUUUUUUGGUUAGAAAUGUAAUUUUUUCUGUUAAUGCUUAUUAAGUUGUGUAUAUAUAUAUUUUUUUACCUUUUAAUUAAGGUUUGUUAGAUGAGAUCCAUCUUGUAUACUUUAUUAUUGAGACUGGGUGGCUGGUCUUUUCUUAGUUUUUUCCUGUCCCAUUCUCCAUGCCUCCAUGUUACGCAUGUCAGAAAUGUCGCUUUGCUUAGCUUGGCAAAAUAAUGAUCACCAUAUAAAUUAAACUAUAUCCAAAGGAUACUUUCU